AUGAAUAACAGUGCCAAAGGUCAGUGCGCUUUGCUGGCAGGUAAAGCUAGAGUAGCGCCAGUCAAACCUAUGUCAGUGCUCAGGUUAGAGCUCAAAGGAUGUGUGAUUGGGGCGAGGCUCGCAAAGCACGUUCAGGAACAUCACCGUAUUCGGAUCGACAGGCGCUUCUAUUGGACAGAUUCGACCACAGCGUUGUCGUGGAUCCGAGCUGACCCACGCAACUAUCGACCAUACGUUGCCCACCGAAUUGGGGAAAUUCUGGAGGUGUCCAGCGUAGCCGAAUGGAGAUGGGUUCCAUCAAAACUUAACCCAGCAGAUGAGGCCACCAAAUGGGGUAAAGGACCGUAUUUUAGCGAUGAGAGCAAAUGGUUUGCUGGGCCAACUUUCCUGCAGCUGCCCGAAGAAGAGUGGCCACAUCCAGUAGAGGCAACUGUAGCUACAACUGAAGAAGUCCGAAUGACAGUUUUACUUCAUACGACUAAAAAAUUUACGGUUUUCUGUGAGCGGUUCAGCCAUUGGGAGAGUUUACUUGGAGUAAUGCGAUGCGUGCUUCGCUUUAUCAACAACAUUCGGCGUGGACGUACAAGGUUUGCUAAACAACUGAAGCAAAACGAACUGCGAGCUGCCAGAGAUGCAGUCUUCAACCAAGUACAAUACGAAAUAUAUACCGAAGAGAUGAUGGUUCUGGCCAAAAUCGACACACUGCCUUCAAACCACCCAGGAACGAUCAAUAAGGACAGUAGCCUGUACCAAUUUAUGCUGGUUAUAGAUGAUAACGGGGUGAUUCGACAAGGUAGUCGCGCAAGGAAGGCAGAGCAUUUACCUUUCGACACAAGAUACCCCAUAUUGCUCCCAAGAGACCAUCCCGCUACGAGACUGCUCAUUGAUUAUUACCAUCGUAUCUACCGUCAUGCCAAUCCUGAAACGGUGGUCAAUGAAAUGCGACAGCUAUAUAUGAUCCCAAGUCUACGGACGAUGGUGAAAUUGGUUUCACGAACGAGUCAAUUCUGCAAACUACGCAGAGCUAAGCCUCAAAUACCACCAAUGGCACCGCUGCCAUCGGCACGUCUGGCGCACCAUGUCCGCCCCUUCAGUUACGUGGGGAUUGAUUAUUUUGGCCCAGUACUGGUAGAAGUGGGUAGAUCGAACGUAAAACGGUGGAUUGCUCUGUUCACUUGUUUAACAGUUCGGGCAGUGCAUCUGGAAAUAGCAUAUAGCUUAUCAACAGCUUCUUGCGUUUCGUGCGUUAGAAGAUUUGUCAGCCGCAGAGAGUGUCCGGUGGAAUUCUACAGUGACAACGGGACAAACUUCCAGGGUGCAGAUCGGAUUCUUCGCGAGCAAAUUAACCAAGGACUUUCGGCGACCUUUACUAACGCAGAAACUAAAUGUAACUUUAAUCCACCUGAAGCUCCACACAUGGGAGGAGCGUGGGAGCGUUUAGUUCGAUCCGUUAAAGCCGCGAUGGGGGAAGCGUAUUCGGACGGGAAGUUGGACGAUGAAGGGUUGCAAACUUUGGUCGUGGAGGCGGAGAGCUUGGUAAACUCGAGGCCUCUGACGUAUCUACCACUAGACUCUGAAGAGUCCGAAGCGCUCACUCCGAACCAUUUUUUGCUUGGUAGCUCGGGAGGAGUGAAGCAACCCGUGUCAGUUAUCGAUUCUGCCAAACCGCAAUUUUUGAAAGCUUCGUGGGAGCAGAUCCAGAAGCAGCUCACCGUCUUUUGGAAGCGCUGGCUGGACGAAUAUUUGCCGGUUAUUCGCAGACAGCCAAAAUGGUUUGACGAGAGUCGGCCAUUGAGAGAAGGGGAUUUGGUUUUGAUCGUGGAUGAAAGAAAGCGCAGUUGGUGGACACGAGGCCGAAUUGUCGAGGUGAUGCCAGAUGGAGAAGGGAGGGUCCGUCAAGCGCUUGUGCAAACAACGAGCGGUUUGAUACGACGUCCGACGACGAAAUUAGCACUUUUAGACGUAGGAGAAGGUGCAGUCUUGGCCAACAGCAAGAUGCACCGGGUGGAGGAUGUUGGAGACAAAACAGCCUGA